UCAUGUAAACUCUGUUUGUUUUUUUAAGGAAAUGAUGCAUUCAACUGAAAUCAGUUUAGAGUUAUAACCAAUUCAAACAAUAGUCCGUUUACUUCGUUAGUUGAGAAUUUGAGACCAAGUCACAACACAGCUUUUUCGUAAAAGAACUGAAGCUAUAAGUAAACAGAGUUUGUUUUGCUUUCUUUGACUGUGAAUUACAACCGUAGCAGACGCCAGAAGGUCAAACUUGAGGUAGCUACUUAUUUCGACAAGAUGACCCAAGAGAGACCAAGAAAAAUGAUGGUUAACGUUCAUGCUCUUUUAGUUCGGUGCUUUCAGACAACGCAACAGAUUGUGAUAAGCCAGGAAGGCAAUCAACAGUCCUAUGAAUUUCUGAGUCCUAUUGUGGUAAAAAAUAUAUGUCUACUAGGUAUAAUGGGGUUUCAUUUCACCAAAAUGGCAAAAUGAGUGGGCCUUGGUUUGGUUUAGUUGACAUUCAAAGAUAUUUGUAUCUCAAUGCAAUGCAUAUAAGCUCCUAAUUUAGUGGAUAGAGCAUGUGAUUUACGGUUGCAUAGGGUUGACUGGAUUUGAAAGAGCUGCUUUUCUUCUCUAUUUAGGAUACAAUUGUUCCAGUUAAUUCUUUUUUGUUGCAACACUAUUAGAAUAGCAGUUUUAUCUUAUAAUUUCCUUUGUCUCUCAGGAGGUAUUGAGAAAAAAAUGUCUUUUACAUGAGCACACUUGCAACUAUGUGAAAAAGUAGUUAAGAGGGAUGGAGAAACACCAGAAGAGAGAAAGAUGAAGAUUGUUCAGACUCCACCGAGGUGCAGUUGGGUUUCUGAAAUUUUCUCCCUAUUUUUAAUCUCUUAUAUAGUUUUCCUAUAAAAGGUAUCUUAUGGCUUGGUCAAAAGACUGCUUGCAUAAUGUAUUAGUAGUUUCAUUCAGCUGUUAGCAGAACCAUGAGGAGCAUGCUUUCAUUAGAGUUGGAUUUUGGAUAAUAUAUGUGAGGAAAAGCAACUGCUUGUGCUAUUUCUGACCAUUGGCAUUAGUAGACAGACACAUUCUUUGUCAAUAUUUUAGGCCCUUGACAAGCUUAAGCAACUUGUAGAAGACAAAGACGCAAGAGGAGGAGGGUUAUGAAGCGUUAAGAGAGAGACCUUUAUUUGGACCUAAAGAUUUAGUGAUUGCAUAGGCAAGUAUUGUUAUGGUUUAGGAUUCAAUUAGGUGUUAUGUUGCAGGAUCAGAUGUAGUUUGGUGCUGUUAUGAAGUCCAAGGACACAUGUAACUUUUUACAGCUCAACACUAUGUAUGUGUGUAUAUGAGGUUCAGUGUGAUUCCAUUCAUUCUUAUUUGCUUUUAAACUUUGUUUCUAAACAAUAAAAUAUUGAAUUGUGUGACAUUGAUUCAGGAUUAGAAAGCAAUAAAUUUAGAAGACAAGACACUUUUAACACAAGCAAAAAAAUAUCUGAGCGGUGAAACUAUAUAAAUAAGAUUCUGAAGCUUUAUAUAUGAAAAGAAAGUCCCACAGAAAAAUCAGAAGACAGUUGUUUGCCACAGAGAGAUAGAGAGCGAUUAGAGAAAGGAGAGAGAGAGAGGGGGGGAGCCUGCGUGAUAGUGGCAUAAUAAUAAGUGCAGACAAAGGUUACAACUCGGAGAAUCCCAAAAAGCGUUUCCCUUGACUCUUGAUAGUCAUCUGUUUGCACUAUAUCAUUUAGAGGGACGAACUGGGUUUCUUAUGUGAGAUUAGAGAAAUAUAUGUGGGUUUUGGAAAGCAAUACCACAAAAUUAUUCAAGCAAGAGCAACCCUUUGGGCUCUUAAGAAGGAGAACAGAAGGAUAUUGGUUCUGCGAAGGGACUUCAUGAAGAAGUUGUUGACCAAGAAGUGAUGUGCUUUCAGAUACUUUUUGGGUUUCUCAGGCAAACAUGUUGGUGGAAAGUUCGCUCAGCGCUUCCGUUGAAACAACUCUACUGAACGCAUCUGAGUAUCAAGGCCCAUCUCCUGUUUUUAAUUGGAUGUCGCUUGCUGAAACUUACCAGAUGAUCCACAAACCUCCGGAUGAGUCUCAAGUAAGCUUUCUUGAAGCUGUUCCGGUCCCUGAUGCAAUGAAUCUUGAUAAAUUAGAACAUCCGAAACUUCAACCAAGUUGUCCGGAAAAGGCCGUGACUUCACUUGUGUAUACUCGAAGGAAGAGAAGCGUGAGACCUGGGGGUACUGAGGAUAAUAGCCCAGGAAAGUGCAAGAAACAGGAUGAUUCACUCGAUGACUCUGUUGUCCCAGUUUAUAACACUGGACAAAGCAUAAAAGGGAAACAUCGCUUCAACAAUUGUCUUGUUUAUAGCAGGAAGGAAAAAAGAGGCAUAACCAGUUGUGUUCCUACAAUAGGAGCUAAUGAUGUUUUUAACUCUGUGCACGACUGUGGAGAAACCAAGAGAAGAAGAACUCGAUUUGAUAACUGUCUCGUGUAUACCAGCAGAAAGAAAGGUAGAGUAAAAUCUCAUACUUGUAGUUUUAGCAAACAUGUCUCUGGAGGAACCAAGAUAAGCGGUGAUCAAGCUCACUCUUCUGAGUAUAGCCAAAUGGGGCAUAUAGUUAACCCUGGAGAAAUCAAGAAUAGUGGCCAUGGACCUGUUUACAGCCAAAGCAAGCAGUUAGUGAAAUCUAAUGGUGAUACAUCUGAUAGCUUACUUGUGUAUAGCCGGAGGAAGCAGAAAGCAAAAUCUAGUGGUGCUCGGGUUAAUGGCUUUCUAGUGUAUACACGGAAGAAGCCUAAAGCAAAUAAUAUUGCAGCUGACAGCUGCUCGUCACAAUCCAGUUCUGAACUUGCUUCAGGUUCCAGUAAAAGUGGAGAAGAUGAAGCUACAGGUUCUGACUCAGAUACAGACGGUAGUAGUAGCAGCCCUUUCAGACGGUGCAAACGUUGUGAUAAGGCAGGUACUGUGGAGAAGAUGUUGAUUUGUGAUGAAUGUGAAGAAGCAUAUCAUACGAGGUGCUGCGGUGUUGGAAUGAAAGAGGUUGAGAUUGAUGACUGGCUCUGUCGAUCUUGUUUGAAAAAGAAGUCAUCAAAGACAAAGAUUAAGGGGAGACCACGGGAACAACGGAAAUGGAGAGUUUCAGAACCAUUUGUUAUAGGAGUUCGAGUAGGAAAAGAGUUUCAAGCGGAUGUUCCAGACUGGUCAGGUCCAACCAUGAGUGAUACUUCUUUUGUUGGUGAACCCGUGGAGAUUGAUCAGUCUGAAUAUAUGCAUGAUCUCAAGAAGGCCAAGAAGCCACGUUCUGCAGUAAAUUGGCUCCAAUGCAGAGAGGAGGAUAGGAAUGGAGAUAUUUGCGGAAAGUGGCGCAGGGCUCCUCGCUCAGAGGUACAGACCAACGACUGGGAAUGCUUCUGCUGCGUCUUUUGGGAUCCAUCACAUGCUGAUUGUGCCGUCCCUCAGGAACUGGAAACUGAUGAGAUCCUGAAACAACUCAAGUACAUCAACAUGCUUAGACCUCGUUCAGACGCCAAAACGCGGAAGAUAGGACCAAAUUGUCGAAGCAGAUUACAUAAAUGAAAAAAUCUUGAUGGACGCUAGCUUUAGCCACAUCAAAAUGCAUAAUGCUUCUGGAUCAGAGACUCUAGAAACUAGACAGGUAGUUCAGAAUCUUUUUUUGUUAAAACGCACAUGAGUUUUGUACCACUUGCCAAACUUCAGGAGAUUAAAAAUGCUAUAUAAGAGAUUUGAUUUGAUUAGAAUGUUAGCUCCCAAAACAGUAGUGAAUAUAUCGUUUGUAUUCAAGACAGACUCUGGAUUAAAUCUGAGAAUUAUUUACAAA